AUGUCCGCCGCCAAGACUAAGGCUCAGAACCUCAUUAACGAGAAUGGCGUCGUGGUCUUCUCCAAGUCUUAUUGCCCCUAUUGCAAGUCCAGCAAGGAUUUGCUGGAUAAGCUGGGUGCUAAGUAUGAGGCGCUGGAGCUUGAUUUGAUUGAUGACGGCUCCGCGAUCCAGAGUGCUCUCCAGGAGAUCUCCAACCAGCGCACCGUGCCCAACAUCUUCAUCAACCAGAAGCAUAUCGGUGGUAACUCCGACCUCCAGGCUAUUGCCGGCGAGCUCCCCGCUCUGCUGAAGGAUGCUGGUGCCUUGUGA